CGCCGCCGCGCGCGGCGUGCGCCCCAGGGCAGCCGCCGCGGAGCGGGCUCGCCGCGCGGGGCGCGGAGCGCGCGGGGGCGCCGGCGGGGGGGCUGGGCGCCAAGGAGCUGGGGACUGCGCAGGCUGCCAGCCUCGGGGCUCUGAACGUGGCAAGCGCGGGCAUGAGCCUGCUGAAGCCCCUCUUUUCAAUAUUGGCAGAGCUGCAGGCGUUCGGCUACGACAGCGAAACCACGCGAGCAGCCUUGAAGGAGGAGGUGCGGUCGGCGCCGGUCGUGAUCUACACCUACUCCCUCUCGCCCUUCUGCACCGAGGCCGUGAGGCUCCUGGACACCCUGGGGGUCGAUUACAAGGAGGUCGUGCUGGCUCCCGAGUGGUUCCUGAUGCUGGGGGAGGGCGCCGCCAAGCGGGCGGAGCUCGGAAGGAUCUUCGGGCGGACCAGCAUGCCGCACAUCUUUAUGGGCGGCCGGAGCAUCGGCGGCCUCUCGGAGGGGACGCCGGGGCUGCUGCCGCUGUACGAGUCUGGCGAGCUGGAACCCGCGCUCAAGGCAGUCGGAGCCGUCCCAGAGAGCAAUCCCUUCGGAUUCUUCCUGUUCUCGGGAGAUCAGAGCAAGGAGAAGGUCUACGGCAGUAGCUUCAAGCAGCCUGCGUGAUGGCCAAAGAAUGCGGCACCGUGUUUGGCAAGCACACGGCCUCCACGGUGGCCGAUUAUCACCUGCUCGUUGCGCCCCCGUUCUCUCUCUCCCUCUCUCCCUCUCUCGCUCUGAUACUGGAGGCUUCUGCAGCUGUCGCGCUUGGCAAGUUUUCCUAAGUCCCAUGCUUCUAGCUGCAAGCCGGGCGUUCCCUAAGCCUGGCUUCCCUAACCCUCACUACGUCCGACGGGGUCGGCGGAUUUAUCAUAAUACGGGGUAGACACCGAGUGGCCCGACCCGUAGCCCAUAGCUGCCGUGUUUCUCGAGGUCUGGAAACAUCUGUGCGCAAUCGUUCCCGUCUUUAUCAUCAUCGUUAUCUUCCUCGGCAUCGCUAUAUCUAAUUGGUGGCCUUCGGCCAAUUCCUGCCACCGUACAUGGGCAGUGGGUGCGAAGCGCAGCGGG